CACUCUUUCCUCUGGUCUAAAAAAUAUCCCAAUGCCCCAGGGCAGUGAUUGGGGACGGUGCCGUCUUUCGGAUGGGACGUUAAAAAUGGGUGUCCUGACUCUCUGAGGUCAUUAAAGAUCCCAUGGCACUUAUCGUAAGAGUAGGGGCGUUAACCCCGGUGUCCUGGCUAAAUUCCCAAUCUGGCCCUCAAACCAUCAUGGUCACCUAAUAAUCCCCAGUUUACAAUUGGCUCAUUCAUCCCCCUCCUCUCCCCUGUAACUAUUCCCCAGGUCGUUGCUGCAAAUGAGAAUGUGUUCUCAGUCAACUUACCUGGUAAAAUAACGGUAAAAUAAAUAAAUAAAAAUAAAUCCCCGAUUUGACAAGGUUAAAAUCUGUCGUUCUGCCCCUGAACAAGGCAGUUAACCCACUGUUCCUAGGCCGUCAUUGUAAAUAAGAAUUUGUUCUUAACUGACUUGCCUAGUUAAAUAAAAAAUAAAUACAAAAAUGGUCUGUUUAACCUGACAAAAGAACACUGUGGCGUUAGAGACGACAAUAGUCAAACUCCCUUUAGCUUUUCUACCUGACACAAGGACACUGAGGUGUCAGGAUAAAACCCUAGGUAGAGUGCUCAGUGAAUGUUGUGUAGAAUGUGUGUCAGAGAUGACUCUGUUGUAGGACAGUGUUCCAGCCAGCCAGUCCAGAAACACUGCUACUCUCUCUGUGUGUGGGAGGAGGAGGGGACAGAUAUUAAAGUGCUCUCCUUAUUAUAAAAAAAAACUUGAUUAUUCGAGUAAUUGAAGCAGGACAAUAUCCAGGACUUGUCAAUGUAUACACACUCACUGCUGUCAUCGAGGCAAAUGGUGGCUACUUUGAAGAAUAUCAAAUUAAUUUUGAUUUGUUUAAUACUUUUUGGGUUACUACAUGAUUACAUAUGUGUUAUUUCAUAGUUUUGAUGUCUUCCCUAUUAUUCUACAUGAUUCCUGCCGCUGCAACACUCUUUUUAUGGUGGAAAAACGAUUGGAACCAUUUCCCUAUUUGACCACUAGGUUUAAUGAGUAUUAUGACUCAUACUGUGGUACUCUACAUGGCGACCAGUGGGUGUAGUGUAAAGGAUUGAGCUAAUUGGGCAGAUUUGUUGCCACUCAAUACCUUUUUGUGUGGCUGAUUGGGCUGUACGACGAGUCGACACCUGUUCAAAUGACUAGUGCACCGGUGUAUUGAGCUGCUUGCUGACCUGCUUCCACUAGGCAGCUGUGUAUCACGGUGUCGCCCGCGGUAGCUAAGGUGGCCUUUUUCCCUCCACUGUGGGGCUCUAUUGAGUAAAUGUUGGAAAAAUAUAUUGGUUAUUUUCUAAACAUAGCAAUGCGAAUGCAAAGAGGACUCAGACCACAAACAUGUUGAAGUGAACUGGUAAGAGAGCUGAGCAUUCCAAGGCAAGGCCAGUGUGAAUACACAGGAAACUGAGUUAUGUUGCUUUUUUUUAACCCAGAGUUAACUUUAAAGAGGACUGAGAUCAGUUCUUUUAAAGAGGACUAUAUGUGAAAACAUCCUUAAAGUCACCAUUGUCCUCAUGGUGAAAUCCCUGAGCAGUUUACUUUCUCUCCGGCAACUGCGUUAGAAAGGACACCUGUAUCUUUGUAGUGACUGGGUGUAUUGAUACACCAUCAAAAGUGUAAUUAAUAACUUCACCAUGCUCAAAGGGAUAUUCAAUAGCUGCUUUUUUACCCAUCUACCAAUCGGUGCCCUUCGUUGCGAGGCAUUGGAAAACCUACCUUUGUGGUUGAAUCUGUAUUUGAAUAAUGCUAAAUUCUCCAACUCCCAACCACCCCCCCCAGCAUACUCACUUACUUUUGAAUGUGGAGUAAUGAGUAGGAUUCUGUUUUCAAAUUUAAAAGUGAUUGCUUUUGAUAAAAAAAACGCUUUAUCUGCCUUCCUAAUUAGAACUAAUUAGAAAAUUCCGAGAUAUAAUUUAUGGAAAAGGGAAGUUACAUUGCUGCCUUGUUGACAACAUGACGGAGCAAGGUGCAUCUCCCUCACCGGUUAAACUCGGUCACGUGACGGACCAUUGCCGGGUUCAACCGGGGACCUGUUUAAUGGAAACCCUUAACGAGUCUGGCUAACCAGGCAAAUCUUUUUCCCUCUCUGAAACACUGACAGAUUGAGCAUAAAAAUAUCAAUGAUCAUUUAGUUCAUGGCAACGUUUUCUUUUGAGAUUGUAGACUAAUAUUGCUUGUAAACAUAUACGUACGAUUCGCGCAAACUAUGAGCGUCCUCACAUUGCUAUGGAAACGUCCCCACGUGGUCUUGUCAUCAGCUGUGAUUGGACCGCGCAACUGAGAGCAUCUUCACAUUGCUAUGGAAACGCCACCACGUGGUCUCGUCGUCGGCUGUGAUUGGACCGCGCAACUGAGAGCGGUUCGGACUUCGAUUAGGAUUUGUGUAAAUCUGAAACAGCUGAGUUUUACACAGCAACAACUGAAACAGCUGAGUUUUACACAGCAACAGCUGAAACAGCUGAUCAGUGCGUUCAUCCGAAUGAGACAAACCUGCAUGCACAGGUCAAUAUAAACCGGUGGGAGGUAGCUAGUCAUACCACGACAAAACUAUUUUGUCUUAUCUAGUUUGUGCAUCAUCGGCUGUGAAACACACAACCAAGCUGUUUAACUAUUUUUAAAGAUGAACUUCAACACCGUCGCCCGUCUGGCCAGCCGUAGUAGCCAAGAAAAUGUUCUGGCCUCAAAUAGGAUGGAUUCAUCCCGGAUGGACAGGGCUAAACAGAGGACUAUACUCGGCGUCUUAACAGAAAACGAACAGCACAGUCGAUCUUUUGGUCAGGGAGUUAUUUUUUCCAAACGUGGCUCUAUUUUGGACAACUCCCACACCAAUCUCUUGGGUUGUCCCUCAAGCUCUAGCGCUGACAUCUAUGUGGAUGAGCCAUGUGAGGUCGUCAUCCCAGCCUCUGGCGAACUAGUGGCUGCAGAGCCUCAGGUGGUGGAUGAGGAAACUGCUGCCAUGCAACAUAAAGAUUUCCGUCUCUUCCUGGACCUGAGCUCAGGGUCAUGCAUGGACACUUCUAUGCAGUCGCUCCCAGAUAACGAGGCUCUCACCACUCAGAAUGCCAUGUGUCUGGCAGAAUAUUCCGAGGACAUCCACAAACACUUACGCAAGAGUGAAAUAAAGUGCCGUCCGAAGUCUGGCUACAUGCGGAAGCAGCCGGAUAUCACCAACUGCAUGCGUGUCAUCCUGGUGGACUGGCUGGUGGAGGUCGGCCAGGAGUACAAGCUGUGUGGGGAGACUAUCUACCUGGCUGUCAACUACAUGGACCGCUUCCUCUCCUGCAUGUCUGUACUCCGGGGAAAGCUGCAGCUGGUGGGCACCGCUGCACUUCUGCUGGCUGCUAAAUACGAGGAGAUCUACCCUCCGGAAGUGGAGGACUUUGUGUACAUCACAGAUGACACUUACACCAAGAAGCAGCUGCUUCGUAUGGAACACUUCCUGCUAAAGGUGCUGGCCUUCGACAUGACCGUCCCCACCACACACCAGUUCCUCCGCCAUUUCCUCACCGUCCAAGCAGUCUGCUUCAAGACUGAGAGCCUCGCCCUGUAUGUGGCAGAGCUGAGCAUGCUGGAAGUGGAUCCAUUCCUGCACUACUUCCCCUCUAUGGUGGCGGCUGCUGCUUUCUGUCUGGCCAACUACACCCUCAACAGGUCCCUCUGGCCUGACGCCCUGUACACCUUCACUGGCUACACCCUGGCAGAGAUUGCACCCUGCCUCAAGGACCUCCACAAGAUGUACCUCAGUGCCCACAGUCGCCCCCAACAGGCCAUCAGGGAGAAGUACAAGGGGUCAAAGUUUGGCAACGUGUCUAUGCUAAGUCCUCCUGAGGAUCUGCCUUUUUACUGAGGCUGCUGGGAAAUGACUGACAACACAGCUCUUAGCUCCCUCUGGAGAUGCCUACUGGAGAACUUUUAUUUGUAUUGCUUUUAAAUCUUAAAUUAAUUUUUUAAAAUCUUAUUAACACUUUGUUCUAGCUAGCUAUUUGUGUAGGUAGCUAUCAAGUAAACAAUGAUAUAGUAACUUGUUGACUUAACUCUAGAAUGCCUACUUCAAGUGUUUUAGUACUAGUCUGUAAUCUCAGGACUUAACCUAUGCCUUUUUUUUGUUUUUAAACAGGUGGUUGAAUCUUUGUUUUUACUGUACAAAGUCAUUUUUGCUUUUGGUCACUGCCAGACAAUCAUGGACCUCAGGCUGCAUCUUGUAUGUUGCAUCAUGUGAUUAAAGGAAACAAGUUGCCCAUA